GGCAUUUCUGCGGCAAGAAAGCUAGUUAGCCGUUGCUCAGAACCUUCCAAGAGACGAAAGUCUCGAGAAAGCAACAUUCGUGGUGCAGAUCUGGCUUGGGGGAAAUGGCGAGGGUAAAAGCUACCGCUAGAAAACACACAGGGUCGAGCCACCCUUUUCGAGCUCCUCAGAACACUAAAAAGGGUCAGCAGGGGGUGGUCAAGGCUCGCCGGGUGAGGAAUCCACUGUACAACACAAACAAGAGAGCCCGCCCGGGGACAGUCGCUCUCAGGGAGAUCCGCAAGUACCAGAGGUCCACGGCACUGCUCAUCAGGAAGCUGCCCUUCCGUCGGCUGGUGCGCGAGCUGUCUCAAAGUCUCUUGAAUGGCAUUCGCUUCCAGGAGUCUGCAAUGGAGGCCCUGCAGGAGGCUGCCGAGUCAUAUCUGGUGGGCAUCUUUGAGGACAGCAAUCUCUGCGCCAUCCACGCCAGACGCGUGACCAUCAUGCCAAAAGACAUGCAGCUGGCCCGCCGCUUGCGUGGAGAGAUUGAAUGAGCUAGUGGGUCCAUUGCAGCAGAUGAAUAGGCUGCCGGACAAGUGGAUGAUUCCAAGGUGAACAUUUUUAGAUGUAGUGGUUUCCCCUGCGCUCAAGACAGCCAUUUGCAUGCAGAGGGAGCGUCAACUGCUUCUGUGCCCGUCUUGUGUACUGAGCUGUGCAGCGCGCUCAAGAAUCCUAGCGCCGCAAGCCGAGAAUCUCAGACAUGUACUUGUCAGUUAGUGACUUGCAGGUGACCUGCAGCUGCUAGAGGUCCUUGGCACCCACAGAUGGUGUCAUUGGAGUGCAUUCUGUUGCAUAAUUUGCUGUUUGCUUUCAGUUGAAUAAAUGCACUUUGUGGGUUUUGUUUCACUGUUCCUCGUGAGCUGUAUUUGUUGCCCAGUUACGUGCGUUUUGGAGAGGCAUUUGAAUUAAAAUAACUUUCUGAAUUGGGGGCAUGGGACUGCUACUUCGGGCUGGACUGUCAGGAGUACCAAUGUGUAACAUCGUGUGUUCGCUUAAAUAUGUAAUGAGAUGGACA